AGGCAGAAGAAAAGAGAAUGAGAGUGAGGUUUUAGGAAAAACUUUACCCUUUCCAAUUCAUUUCUCUCCCCUUCCUUUUCUAGGGUUUUAAGGUUAUUUAGGGUUCCAUUUCAUUUCAUUCACCCCUUUCUCUCUCUACCUCUUUCUCUCUCUACCAUGGAUAGGUAUCAGAAGGUUGAAAAACCCAAACCUGAAACUCCCAUCAACGAAAAUGAGAUCCGUAUCACUACUCAAGGCGCCAUUCGUAACUACAUCACUUACGCCACUUCACUUCUUCAGGAAAAGCAAGCAAAAGAGAUUGUCUUGAAGGCAAUGGGACAAGCAAUCAGCAAGACAGUUGCCAUUGCAGAGAUUCUGAAGAAGAGGAUAUCCCCUUUGCACCAAGAUACUGCAAUCAGCUCAGUUAGCAUAACAGAUGUGUGGGAGCCCAUUGAAGAGGGUCUUGUACCUGUGGAAAUGACUCGGCAUGUCUCCAUGAUCUCAAUCACCUUGUCAACUGGAGAAUUGAACACAAAUUCUCCUGGGUAUCAAGCUCCAUCUACUGCUGAACAAUCAAAGCCACACUCCAAUUAUCAGCAGCAACCUCUGAAACCAGCACAGGAUUCUUAUAAUGCUGUAAAUGAAGACUCGUAUGGCCGAGGUCGUGGUCGAGGUAGGGGGAGAGGUAGGAAUUGGGGAAGGGGUGGUUAUGGCUAUCAAGGUGGGUAUGGAAAUUAUCAAGGUGGAUACGGCUAUUACCAAGGUGGAUAUGCAAAUUAUCAAGAAAAUGGUGGGUAUUCUAAUCGCGGCCGAGGGGGAGGUCGAGGCAGAGGUUGGGGGUAUCGCGGUGGUUAUGGUGGCGGCAGAGGUGGAGGUUAUGAAGGUGGUAGAGGUGGAGGUGGUUAUGAAGGUGGAAGAGGUGGCUAUGAAGGUGGUCGAGGUGGAGGUUAUGAAGGUGGCAGGGGUGGAGGUUAUGGAGGCAGAGGUGGAGGGUAUGAAGGAGGCAGAGGUGGAGGGUAUGGAGGAGGCAGAGGUGGAGGAUAUGGAGGAGGAAGAGGUGGAGGUUAUGAAGGAGGCAGAGGUAUGGGUUAUGAAGGCGGCCGAGGUGGAGGAAUGGGUUAUGUAGGAGGCAGAGGUGGAGGUGGUAUGGGUUAUGAAGGAGGCAGAGGUGGAGGUAUGGGCUAUGAAAGAGGCAGGGGAGGCAAGGGUUAUGGCCGUGGUAGGGGAAGAAUGGAUGGACGUGGUGGUAGGGGUGGAGACAACCAGGCAUGAUAGCAAUGGGUGUUAAUUUCAUUCUUGCUAAAUGCUUGCCCUUGACAGUGCAGUUAUGUUAUUAGAAUACUUUGUUGAUAGUAUGAUGUUGCUCAUGGUCCAUCAUUUAUGUUUUUUUUCCUUCUUCAUGAAACUGAUUUGGGCAAGGUUUUGUUCAUCUUUAGAUUUAGCUGGAAAAAGCAUCUUUGGUUUUAUGAUUGCUGUAAUUCAUUACACCUUUUAUGGUUGCCAACACCAUAUUUUUAUCUGUAUCUGGUUUCUAUAUGGUUUUCAAUUUAAUCAAAGUAGCUCUUUUUUUUUUA